AUGGUGCUCAUCAGCCCGCCGCCGCCGGCGCUGUCGCCCGACCUGCUGGAGCCCUUCUACACCACCGACGAGCUGCUGUCCAACGCCCCGUUCCUCGUCUUCUACGGCGCCACCUCCACCCAGACCGUCAACUCGACAGCUGGCCGCGUCCAGGUCCACAUUUAUUCCCCCGCUGGCCUGCUGUCGUAUCCGCGCCUGACCAUAUCCCCGAGCUCACCGCUCUACGCCGCCGUCGACUGCCUCGCGCGCGAAGACCAGGGGGACGAGGUCUGUCGCGCCCUCGCCUUCAGCCUCUUCAAGUACUUCAGCGAGCUGUCCCCGGUGGCCAAGUCGACAUGGCAGAGCCGGACCAAUUCGCAGGGGAGGCCCCCGUCCGCCCCGAAACUCUUCAGCGAGGCGCAUGCCGCCUCGCUGGCAGGCCGCAUGGCCCGGGUGGACAACGCUGCCGAGGUGGUGCAGGAUGUGAGGCAAGCCCUCGCCGAGCAGGGUGUCUCGUGGCUGGAUGUCGACGUGGUGCUUCCGCCCGGAUCGGUCAAGGAGCUGGACAGCAACCUGCGCGAGUCUCUCCUGCCCGAGGAGACGGCCGAGCAGGUCAUGUUGGAUGCGCGAUACGGCGAGUAUGCGCCGCUGGUCAAGGCUUUUGGCGAGCCGUCAUUUCUCCCCACCACGAGGCUGCGACGCGCGCCCUCGAAGCCCACUGGGCUCAGUCGCUCCGUCCAGUUCACGCGCCAGCAGAAGGAAAACCUGCGACGUGAGCUGUGCGAGUUCAUUGACACCGAGGAGAACUAUGUCGGCAAGGUCUACGAUCUGCUGCACAGUGUCGCCGAAGACUUCCGGCAGAAGGCGCGCAGCAAGAGCCCCAACAGCUCGAGUCCGAGUGAGGAGGCUCUGGAAGGACUCUUCCCGCCGAGCCUUGAUGAGAUUCUCACUGUCAACACCUCUUUCUUGGAGGACAUCCGCAAGAUAAUAGAGGGGACCGAGAACGAAGCGAUCCAGGACAUUGAAGCCACUGCCGGGGAGCUUCUCGAAUCCGGAACCCCCGAGGACCUCCAUGCGGACGUUACUGGAACCUUCGCAUUCGCCAAGUGCCUUGUCGAGUGGUUCCCCAAGUUUUCCGACUGCUAUACCGAGUACAUCCAAGCCCACGCUGAGUUUGGUCAGUAUCUCAGGAUUUUCCUGAGGGAGACCGGCUCGAGUUUCUCCAAGCGUGUGCAAGAGACCGGUGAGCAAAGGCUCAUGUCGAUGCUCAUCGAGCCUGUUCAACGUCUUCCGCGCUACAGCCUUUACAUCGACAAUCUUGUGAAGCAACUUCCCGUCCGCCAUCCCGCCCUGAAGCCGCUCCUAAAGGCCCGCGACAUCAUUGCAGAGAUCUGUUCUCGGGACUCUCCAUCCGGGCAAUUGUCAAAGGUCAUCGAACGCCUCCAGCACCUGAUACCUUCAUGGCCUUCAGCGUUCCAUCCCGAGGGCCGCCUGAUCACUGCUAUGGAUGUUGUUGAGCUAGCACCGCCUUAUCGCAAGGAUGUCAAGGCAAGAGGUGCAAGCCCCGCCAUCCUCCUCCUAUUCGCCGAUGAGCUUGUGCUCCUUAUCAAGUCUGGUCACAAGACCAUGUCCGCCAGAGGACUCCUUGCAGAGAUCGACAACCCCAGUGUGCCCCUCGACGAACCCCCUCAAAUCGCGACCCAGUUGAUCUUCUUGCAACACAUGAAACUCGACAACAUUUGGUUUCAUGAAGUCGAUGACGGUUCGAUGAUUCAGUUGUAUCACUCGGAUGGAUCGUCACAGCCGCCGACCACCUUGCAUUCGCUCAACGCCUCUUCGCUCUGCAUGUUCUAUCUCACAGGGUCGUACGAGAUGAAGGCAGCCCGUUGGCUGGAAGAGACUGUCAAGGCGAGGGUCGAGUGUCGCUUUUCCGAAGCCGAACGUGAAAGUCACAAAUGGGACGUGAGGUGCCUGACAGGGGACAUGAACCUUUUCUCAGCCAUCUUCGAGGAAGCCGAUGGGAUGAUCCCUGAAGGACGUCGUGAUCCUGCUCGCAUUCGCGUUGUUAUCGACCCUCAGAAGGGAGCAAGAACGCUCAAUGCUGGUGACGAAGGCGUGGAACUGAUCGCUUCCGUUACUGCGGCAACGGAGGAGCUGUAUUGGCUACAGAUCGAGGGCAUGAACGGCUAUUCUACUCGCGACAAGGUGACAGCGACGGAACUGCUUCCGGUUUUGUCAAAGCGAGUCGGCAACUACCUGCAGCUGCGUAACAGGAUCCAAAAUCCGGCAAUGACUCCGAUAUUCCUAUUGCGGAACCAGCAGAUCUUGCAGUCGCUGAAGAUCCGGACGGAAGACGCGGCCGCUCAGGACGGCAUAAUACUCGAACGGGCAGGAUCAUCCAAUCGUAGGUCACCCACCAAGGUUCUUUCCAAGGUCUUCGUCAACAAUCACAAGGAAGGUACACCGCGCAGAUUACAACGCCCGCCGCCAGUUCUCGGGGACAUUCCUAGAUUCGCGCCGAACGGCGGCUCCGGGCAGAAUUCUCCCUACAAGUCUUCCAGCCGACCUUCGUCCAGGGAUGACCUGUUAAGCAGCAAAACGGCCAGCAGGUCUUCGCUUGACGUAGAAGAGCAUGUCAACGACCCGCUUGUGAAAUUGGAGGAGACUCUGGCAACGUAUAUUCUUUCACUUCACGCACGGAAAGGGAAUGUUGUGGGUCGCGUCAUCCGCAACAGAGCGAAUGCAAACGAGCUUGCAGUCAAUGAGCUCUACAACUCGUUGCUAGAGGAACCCGCCAAUGUUGAGCUUGCUUCACAACAGCCCGUAGACGUUCUUUUCAGGUCAUAUGAAAAGUUUCUUCAGACUGCCUGGAAGGAGAAAUUGGGGCUCGUCGUGCCUGUCGAAAUUCUAAAUGCCCUACAAUCCCACCCGGAAGACUAUCCCGGCGACUUUGAGGAGUUUUUCCGAAAACAGAUUGGCGAGCUGAUGCCACAGAACCAACGUGCCCUGCGCGCUUCCAUCAAGCUUCUUGCGGAUUUGCUAGCGGGUACAGCCAACGAUGGCGAUCGUGGAAUGAUCACCGCGGCCUUUGCCGAGGUUCUGGUCCCAGACGGCAACUCCCAUGACUUCAUCUCUCUCCUGGACCGAUUCAUUGAGGACAUCGACACCCUUUUCGGCAGACCAUCGUCAAGCGGUAGUCUGACACCUAGCCAGAGUUCCAUGAACUCACGGUACGGAUCGAAGACGAACGUGAGCAUGCAUUCGAAUUCAUCUUCGCUCAAGAGGCGUUUCGGUCUGAAGGGAUUUAGUGGAUUAAGCCGGGAGAACAGCAAGUCCGAUAUUGAGUCCAAGGUUAGCUCGGUGUGGAGGACGCUGAGCAAGGCGCAUCGCAACACCGAUGGUCGCAACACCGACGGGCAAGCCUCCAGCCUGUCUAAGGCAACUCCCCUGCUGAGGUCCCACUCAACCGACCAAGAUGCGCGAGCGUCACCGAAACGCCCAGGGUCUCGUGACAGGCCCACGGUCAUGGGAGCCUUCACUGUUGAAGAGGGUUCCCCUUCGAGGGCUUUGGCUACCAUUGGAGAAGGGCGCGAGAGCCCCCGUAGAAAACGUCGCAGCUCCCUCUCGGAUUUGCCCAACCUACAAGAGAAUCAAAAGGAUCCUCAGCCGUGGGUAGGAGCGCCUCAAACGCCGCGUCGUGUCAAACCAAAUGGGAUUCCGACGGCCUCUCCGAACACGCCUUCUCCACCCAAGCCUUCUGCGAUACCGAGCCUAUCUCGCUACGGAUCCCCAGUCCGCAAGGAGGGCUCGCCUGCCCCUGCCAGUGCCCUUCCGCGUCCGCGUACCGCAGGGGGCAGUGAUAAGACAAGGACCGACUCUCCCGCGCCUCUGAACGUGCAGCCCAAGACCAAAGCCGACUCACCUACGCCACUGAACUUGCAGCCCAAGUCAAAGAUUGACUCACCCACGCCUGCGCCCCUGAACAUACAGUCGAUGAGGAAACCACGCGCAAACACCUUGACGGAGAACAUUCCGCCCAAGACCAUCUCUGCCAUUCCGACUCUUCAUCGUCCUACUCACAGCGCCAGCAACAUUCCCACAUUCCCUCUUACGGAGCGUCCCUCUUCAGGAAACCGUCCCAAGGCUGUAGGAAAUCCGAAUCCAGACGAACUCAGUAAGCCUAUGUCGGGCUUGGGAGCGCCCAUCAUGUUCUCUCCCACAAGGAAGCUUCGGAUGCAGUCUCCACAGAAGCUGCGUGAGCGUUUGCAAAGGGAGCAAAACGCCAUCAACGGUGCUCAGACUGUGCUUCAGAAUGAGAUCGGCAAGCUCGGCGACGAGAUCAUGAAUCUGCCAAAUGGCACGAUCCCUCCGCUUCGCCCAACUUCAAACCGCAUGCAAACCGAGCCACAGACUCCCAGCCGCCUCCGUCCAACCACACCAAAGGCGAACUCCAGCGAUGGCUUCAGUGCCAUCGCCACCCUUGGCCGCAACAGUUCCCCAACCGCGGCUCUGGUCGCCCGCCUUUCAUCCCUGGAGGCGCGCAUUCCGUCGGUGUUUUCCUCGCUACAAGACCGCACCGCGUCCAUUGCAGGCGACGUUGCGUCCUCUCUCCAGGUCUCGGAGGCCCGCGCCAAGAGACUCGACGACUUGUUCCGCGAAGCCACUGCAGAGAACGAGGCUCUCUACGGCCGUUUCAACGACGAGCUGGCAAGAAUUCUGCGAGGCGUGAAAGGAGGCGAUGGCGCCGAGGAGAUGCGCCGCAAACUGCGCGAAUCCCAGGAGGAGACGGAGCGAUUACGAAAGGAGAACUGGCGACUGAAGAGGGAGAACCUGGGCCUGAGAGCGCAGCUGAAGGACGGUUGA